UGCGCGAUUCUGAAUGGCUUCAAGAUUUUGAAUGAGCGUGGUUUUAUGAGGGUGGUUUGAGUUUAUGAGUUUGAAUGAGGCUGGUUUUAUUAGUUUUAAUGAGGCUGGUGGCAAGCUUUUAUAUCCAAACUCUGCACGUUAUUCGAAGCAUUUGAGCAGCAGCAGCAGCAACGAAACUGCGCCUAACUGUUUCAUAAAGGAGCCUUUGCACUUGCUUUCUGGUUGUGCAGCUGAAGGCGGCCUUGAAGGAUAUCUGGCAAGAACAGUUCACCGACGCAUACCUACUCCGAUGGCUACGAGCCCGGGACCUCGACGUGGCCAAGGCCGAUGACCUUCUACGCAAAAACCUGCGGUGGAGAGAGGAGAACAAGGUCGACACGGUGGUCGAGCGCUACGAAUGGCAUCCAAUCAUUAAGCAGUACUUUCCUGGCGGAAUAUUCAACCAUGAUCGGGAUGGCAGCCCAAUCUACAUCAUUCCAAUAGGCAGCGGUGACUUCAAAGGCAUGUUACAGUGCCUGUCCAAGGAAGAGAUGGUCUUGCACGUGGUCUACAUGCUCGAGCGGUUGCAACGGGAAAGGGAGAGCCAGACCCGCAAGCUGGGAAAGCUUAUCGACAAGUCUGUAUUUAUCUUCGACUGGGAAAACUUCAGCCUCAAGCAGAUGUACUCUUGGCAAGUCGUGGACUACAUUCGAGCCCUGGUCGGUCUCUACGAGAACAACUACCCCGAGACACUCAAGCUUGGCCUUCUCGUCAACACACCCAGUUUCUUCCCAGUGUUCUGGAAACUUAUCCGACCAUUCCUGAGUGAAAGAACAGCCGGAAAGGUUAAAAUCUUCUCACGCGAUGGCUGGCUGCCGAGUCUGCUGGAGUACGUGGAUCCCAGCCAGUUGCCGGCCCAGUGGGGAGGCACCAUCGUGCACCCCGAGGGAGGCGCCCGCUGCACACACGUGAUUGGUCCCGGAGGAGAGCUUCCAGCCGCCGUAAGCAGAGGCGGUGGCGCGUUGGCUACCGACCCCGAGGCUGUCAGCUGCUUUGUGGAGCUGUGGUCGGUGCCUCGAGGUGCCAGUCCAAGUCGAGGCGGCGGGUGCCAAACUCCACUGGCGGUUGCAGGCGAGGACGUGGCCUUCGCGCUGUGGAGGAUCAGCGGUCAAGACCGCGUCCAGCUGCUCGCACCGCGGAGGAUCGCCUGCGACCGGGACCCGGAGUGCGGGCAGAUCCACUGCGAAGAGCCCGGAACAU